CAGCUCGAAUUAUUUUCUCCAGCAGUAGAUUGAAGAAGACUCACGAUAAGGGGUCACCUUAUCUGAACCCUCGUUUGGUAUCGAACGGCUCGGAAAAGUCCUUCCUGAUCCUGAUGGAGCUUUUGGUAUUGCUCGACGUUAGUUUACACAGCCGUAUUACUUUUGCAGGAAUACCAAAUUCAGAAAUAGCGGCAUAAAGGCUGCUUCCAAAAGCAACAAAUCGACGAAGACGUGGUACAUACAUAUGUAAGUGUCGAUCCUCUUUUCGAAGAUUUGACGCAUGGUGAAUAUCUGGUCGAUUGUAGAUUUUUCAGGUCUAAAGCCACACUGAUAAGGUUUAAUCAGUUUGUUGACGUUGGACUUUCAUCUUUCACACAGUAUGCUCGAUUAUAUGCGAUGUUUAAGAGGCUUAUUCCAUGGUAGUUAUUGCAGAUUGUUCGGUUUCCCUUUUUGUGGAUUGGGCAGAGUACACUUAAAUUCCAAUCAUCGGACAUACUUUCGUCUAACCAUAUUCUACAAAGAACCUGAUGCAUGCUCCUUAUCAGUCUUUCGCCGUCAUAUUUGAAUAGCUCGGCCGGCAAUACAUUGGGCUCCGCCGCUUUUGCAAAGAGAAAAUUUACUUAUUUCACCUAACCUUGUAGCCCGCCCCAUACUUUUGGCCAAGGCUGUAUAGUUUUGGUCGGAAGGUAUAAACUAUGUGAUAAUUUGUGCUUAGAACUUACCAACAACAUAAUUGCAGCACUUCUGGGUAAACAUGUACAUAAUCACAUACAGUGGCGUAACUACAGGGUGGCAAGUCGGCAAAAUGCCACGGGCCCCCAGCCCGAAGGGGCCCCCGGUCAGAGGAAAUCUCAAUUCCCAACAUUUAUUAUUACACAUACACAUUACUUAAGUAAAAAAAAAGUUUUGUCUUUAAUUUAUUUGUUACCUUCUUAGUUGCAUACAUAGCUAAAAAAAAUAUACCUAGGUAUUAAACUUUCAAUGCAUUAGUAAAAAAAAAUUUAACCCAGUUUUAGAAAGAAUGGUCAAAAUCCAAUUACUCGUAAUAAUUUCGGAAACAUGUGUGGACAAACAUACCUCAAAAAUUUGUUUAUUGGUUUAUAUUUAUAUUCACUGGGCAUGUCUCAGGGUGUCUCGCUGAGACUAGGUAUAUUGCCGCCAUUAAAAUCAGUGUUGCCGUUUAAGCGCAUUUCGCGCUAGAUAGACUCUUCAGCGCUUUUUUUCUCAAUACAAUGCGCUAACAAAUAUUUUUCGGAAUCUAGUAGAAAAUUGUAAAAAUUAUUGACGAUCGUAAAUUUAAGCCAAUAAGUUAAUUGUCAGAGCCGUAAAACGUUAGGAAAAUAACGAGCUGGGAAUUCCCCAAAGGGUUUAGUAUUCGCCGACAACAAUGUUAUUGAUGCGUUUAAUAUUUUGUCUCUUUUUUACAUUAAAGUGUUAUGUUAUGACUGUCUCUGAUCUUACUAACAGAGUUCAAUUAUAAUGAUACGUCAUCAGUUGAAAGUUCUUAAGAAAAAUUGCCACACUUUUAUGUUGCCUGAACACGGUUUGAAGAAAAUGACUAAAACUGUAAAAAAAGAAACGGCAUCUGGUGAAGGCACACCAAUCGCACCCGAACGUAAUGAUGACCAGAAAGAUAUUCAGUUAUUUAAUUUAGUUGAUUUUGAUAAAUGUAAUAAUGGUUAAAUAAAUUCACAUAAAAGCACAUCUUCUCUUAUUGCCAUUAAAAAUGCACAGCUAAAAUUUAGCGCAAUUUUGAAAUGAGUUUGGUGUAUUUUUUUCUUUCUCAAACGGCAACACUGCUUAAAAUUUAUGUUGGUAAUACUUGCUGAUGCUUGGGGAAUCCCCGAUUCGAGUUUGUAUAUAUGAAAAACUCCACUAUUGUAUUACGCAAGAACUCACCAAGCAAUUAGCAGUUUAUUGUUGUAAGAUAUGGUUGUUUGUUGCAAGUGAAGAUAUAUUUAAUUAGUUAAUUGUGAAAAUAGGUUGACAAUGUCUACUGGAAAGUAUCAGAGUGGAAGCGAAAAACGAAAGCGAAAGAAGGAGUCUGAAGAACAAAAUAAAAAGUUGCCUAAAAUAAGUCAGUACUUUAAUAAUCAAGAUAGUAUACAAGAAGAAGUGGCAAUAUCGCAGGGCCCGAUAACAGUGAAUAUUUAUAUUCAGAGCAACCACAACUGUAAACCAAAAGGCCCCUUGUUAAGGGAUAGUAACAAUAGAUCUUUCUUAGAUAAAUAUUAUUACACUGUUUCUAAAUCUGGCGUAAAGUUAGAACGUACAUGGCUGUCCUAUUCUCUAUUGCUUCAAAAAGCAUAUUGUGCACCAUGUUGGUUAUUCGCAAAUAGGGCGUCUAAAAAUAUACAAAAUAUUUGAAUGGAAGGCAAUGAUGAUUGGAAACAUAUUGUGGAAGCCAUAGAAAGACAUGAGACAUCGAAAGAACAUUUGCAUUCAUGUUUUGUACAUCGACAGUGGCAGUUACAUGGAACACUAGAUGAAGAGCAAGAGUCCAUUAUCAAGAGAGAAAAUUUUUUUUGGCGCCAGGUACUCACUAGACUUCUUGAUGUUACUCUGAUACUUUCAAUCUGUAAUUUAGCUUUUCGUGGUCAUAAAGAAACGGUAUAUGGCAACGAUUCUGGUCCAAAAGGAAAUUUUUUGAGUAUUGUUGAGUUAUUAGCCAAAUACGAACCUAUUUUACAAGAGUUGCUAAGCAAACCUAAGGACCAGAUUAAAUACUUAAGUCCAAAAAUACAAAAUGACCUCAUUGCUGUUCUGGUUCAAAAAGUGGAAAAUGCCCUGGUAAAUGAAAUAGUCACCGCGCCGUUUUAUUCCAUUUUGUUUGAUACUACUCAAGAUAUUUCCAAAACAGAUCAAUUGUGUGAACUUUACCGUUACUGUGUAAUCGAGAAAGAUGAAAAUGGAACUCCAAAGGCUCUCGUAAUUAAAGAGUCAUUUUUAAGAUUUCAUGAGGAUCAAACUGCCUUAGCAAUGUCCAAGCAGAUAAUAAAAUCCAUAAAUGGCAAAAGUAUUUCUCUGAAUAAGUGCCGUGGACAAGGGUACGAUGGAGCUAAUACUAUGAAAGGUACUUAUGGCGGAAUUCAAAAACUCAUAAGAGAUAUAGAGCCAAAUGCAGUGUAUGUCCAUUGUGCUGCUCAUAAUUUAAACUUGGUAGUAAAUGAUGCAGUAAAAGAGGUCAUAGAAAUACAAACAUUAUUCGAAACUGUGCAACAAAUUUAUAAUUUUUUUGGCCAUAGUAUUAGACGAUGGAAUAUAUUAUCUAGUUUUAUAUCUGACAACAAAAAAGGAGAAACCGUUAUAUCAUCAAAUUCAGUAACAUUAAAAACAAUGAAUCCAACUUGAUGGGCAGGACGCUUUGAUGCCAUGUUUGCUUUAAAGGUUCGAUUUGUUGAUGUUCAAAAAGCGCUAACAAAAACCAUUUUAUCAAAUUCCAAAUCAGAUGAGAGAAAUGAAGCUAUCUUGCUAAAGAAGAAGGUAGAGAACUACAAUUUUAUUAUGUUGCUGGUUUUCCAUUGCAAAGUCUUACAAACCAUAGACGCGGCUUCUAAAGCACUUCAAUCUAAAGCCGUCGAUCUUUCAAAUGCUUCAAAGCGUUUGCAAGUCUGUCUAGAAGAACUUGAAAAGUAUCGACAUGAAUUUGAAGAUUUAAAAACGGAAGCAAAUAGUAUUGCAGUUAAAUGGUCUAUAAACCCUGAAUUUCCUAAAACUCGUCAGAGAAAAGUGAAACGUCAUUUUGAUGAAAUUUGUGAGGAUGAACGUCUCCAGGAUCCUGAAAGCUUGUUUAAAGUGAACGUAUUCUAUCGUGUAUUAGACAUCAUCAUUAAUCAACUUAGAUCGCGUUUCCUUGGAAUGAUUGAAAUUGUUUCCAAUUUUAGUGUCUUGCAGCCUGCCACUUUGCAAAACUUGAAUGAUACUGAUUUAUUGGAAAAGGCUUUAGCAUUUGUCCAUUUAUAUAAAAAAGAUAUAUCUAUGUCGUUUUCCAAAGAAAUUCUCAGUUUUCGAUCCUCUUUUAAACACGAAAUAGAAAGGUCGUCUUAUUAAUAACAAAGAAUCAUUUUAUAUCUUCAAGCUUUCCUGAAGUGUGCACUGCAUUUCUGUUAUUUCUCACCAUUCCUGUAACUACGGCUAGUGCCGAGCGAUCAUUUUCAAAACUGAAAUUGAUAAAAACUUAUUUAAGAAAUUCUAUGGGACAAGAAAGGUUAAGCAAUUUGGCUAUUCUAUCCAUCGAAAAUUCUAUGGCCCGAAAUUUGAACUUUGAUGAUGUCAAUAACACUUUUGCUGAACAGAAAGUCCGAAGAAAGGAAUUUUAAUAAUUAAAAUUGUGUACUUAAAAUAAAAUUGUGAUUUCAGUUCAAUAUGUACUUUAAAUUAGGUACCUUUAAUUAAAAGUGAAUAAUUAGCAAAUCAAGAAAUUAUAAUUAUAAAGUUUGUAUGUACCUACUUCACGUAGUGAUUUAUUAGUUAACUCUUACAAAUAAAAGUGUAUAAAUAAAUAUUAUAAAAUAAAAAAUACUAUUGUUGUUGGUUCAGCUUCUUUAUAUAUUGGGGAAGUGGGAGGGCAGGGGGCCCAUUCGAUGAAUUUGCCACGGGCCUCGAACGGUAUAGUUACGCCACUGAUCACAUAUUUAAGUUAUUUCAUGUGGUGUGCUCGGAUAUAUACACAUAUAUUUAAGUGCCAUUGAGCACUCAAUUAAACUAUUGCAACUCUCAAGUUUAAAUAACACUCGACAACUACAAGAGCCUCGUCAUCCGAAAGUGCACUUGAGAGUUGUUUAAUUUUUCAGUCUAUAUAUGUACAUAUUGUGUAUAUGCCAGUAUAUACGAUUUACUCUUUGCUUACAGCAAGCGCAGAGCAAAGUAAAUACGGGCUAAAUAUAAUUAAAGGGAAGUUUCUAACGUCAAUACACAAUUUGUGUGCAAUUUGAAUUGAGCGCACUUCAAACUCAACAAACCUAAUCCAAUCAGUGUCAAUAACACCGACAGCAGCCAAAGCGAGUACAAAUGCUACAACAACAACAAAAUACAUCAAAUCACUACACAGUUUUUUUCUUUUUUUUAAUUCCUAAGUUCAAGGCAAAGUGCAACACCUCCGCACGCACCACUUCAAGCAGCAGCUGGUUGGCGAUGAUCCCCGCCAACGAGAAAAACAACAACAUUGGCUACUACAACAACGGCAACCAUGUAGUACCAAUAAUGUCCGAGUGCGCUUGACUACAGUUGAGAUUGGCUAGCAUUAUCGGUCGAUGCUGGUGGCUCGGUAGCUAGUGCAGCAUGAGUAAAGCAACCCGAUUGUGAAACUGAGAAUAGCGGAAGACUUGAAGUGAAAAGUCGAGUAUUAAAUGAAUAGAUAUUGCCGCUGAUAAAGAAAAUCACUUCAAUAAUCGACAAUGCGAAUGCGAGCCAACUUAUCAUGAAGGCGUCCGCUACUACGUCCAGUUUAUUUCUCUAGCGAAGUGCGACGGCUGUCAUCAUCGCUGUCAGAUUUGCAAGCUUUAUGGUAUUAUCAACAAAUCAUUUAUAUUUUAAUGAUUUUUUGUUUUUUUUUUUUGUUCUACGCAUUCAUUUUGCGUUGGACCCACGUUAUUUUGUCCCUCUAUCAAAGUCACUCUCGUGUUGUUGCUUUAAGUAAACAUAAAAGCAUUCAAAUCAACAUGUUUAAGUUAAUGAAACUUUAAUAGGCCCGCUUUUGUCGUAGUAAGUCUUGCAACAAAAUAGGUUAGGUUAGAAGACUGAUCGAUGAUCGCACGUGGACUAUUAUAUUGUAUGUAGGUCUUUGUGAGGUCAUGGAAAGAAGAACUCCUGUUCCAACUUAAAAAUUAGCAAAACCCCUAGAGGCCAAUACAAAUUUGCCCAGGCGCUUAAUUUCAACUCUCGCCAGUUCGAUGGGAUGUCUGAAGGUACGCGCUCCCAAAUAUUUAAGUCAUGACGUCCCAAACGCCGGACAGUCAAGAAGGAAGUGUUCAUUUGUUUCCACUUCAUCUUCAUCCAAACAGCUUCUCCAAACGGCGUCUCGUAAGAUUCCCAACCUUACAUCAUUGACGCCAAUAGAGCAAUGGCCUGUUAAAAGCUCCACAACUAUGGAGAGGCUAGCGUUACUGAGGGCAAAGAGGUCUCUAAAUCUCCUGCGAUCAAUUUUGGCCAAAAGGCCCAGCGCUCGCUUCCGCGAAGCCCAGCUAUCCAGUAGUAAAACACAAGAGGAUACGGGAGCACCGACCCGGUCUUAUCACAAAGACACUCGAUGCUAUUCAUAGUGAAGUUAGGUACUGCUCGACCAUCCCUAAAGGCACUGUAAAUGAAAUCAAGGCUAUGUUCACCGCUCUGCUAUCUGAAUGAAGCUUCUCGGAUUGGUCACUGUAUGUAGAAUUAAAUACAGAACAGGUAGAAAAACGCUUGAGCUUAGCGACCACCCUUUAAAUGGCUGUAACUCAAAUACGAUUUGAGAUAUUGAUUUGUAAUUUUAGUACGUUAUUUCUAAACUAUCGAAAUAAGAAAAAAAAAAUAAAAAUCGAUUUUCUAGGUAUAACCCUUAAUCCCUAUAACAUAUGACUGUUCACAAAACUAAAUCUGAUGUUCGAAAAUAGUAAAAGUUACAGUUUUGAACAAACUCGCUUAAAGAAGUAAUGCGCAGCCCUAAAUUUCAGUGAAUUCGCCACAUAGUUCACGAAUUGUUGCGCAGCGUUGUUGCAGUGUUUCACGAUUUCAUUCUUAUCCAGUAUUUCUCACACAAAUACAAACAGGACAUGGUGCUCCCGAACGCCCAUUUAAUGUUCGCCCGCCAUUUGUGUCACUGCUUCCGACGCGAUUUCCCUGGCAUACUGCAGCACUACUAACAAAAAAAGACAAAAAAGAGAUGCGCCUUAAGCCUCUAAUGUUUACGUAUGCAUUGUCACGACAUGUUCAUAGAUGAUGGUGAUAUUUUUUUGCCUCUUUGAUGACGCUACUGAUGACUUAAAAAAUAACGAGUGCACCAUCACCACCGCCUCUCAGAAAACAACUAUACACAAGAGCUUACCUGAAAAUAGUUAUCCUCUCGCUGAUAAUGUGUGUGACGAUAACCGUGCUAUGAUAAUGAAGUUUCCAAGGAUGGCAAUAAACGCUAUCAUGGCGGCGAUGGCGGAAAGAUGCAAGCGGCCAGUCACUGGUACUCACCAGUAGGAGACUUUUGUGUAACACAAAGCAGCAGAAGUGAGGAUAUGCUCCACAAACAGCACGUGUCACCAUAUGAAGAGUGUAUGUGUUGAGCCGAGCGAUAGCUUCAGGCUUCUGGCAGCUGACGUAUCCUUGUUUUAUGCAUUUGUUUUGCGCAUGAGGAGAUCAUACACAUUCUUUGACUUAUUUGGUAACGGGUGUUUUUGGAGACAAAGAACUUUUAUUUUGAUUUUAUUUAUAUUUUGAGCAUGCUCAUUAAUUCUGAUUUACUGGCGUAGCCCAUGGGCUUGACAAGCCUCGUGGAACGGAGUCAAAAUAUAUAUCUUAGAUUCUUGUAUGACAGAUCUAUUUCUUCAUGGGAUUUGGUUAUGAAAAAUGCAUUUCGAUAAACUGAUAACGGUAUUGUAAACCACACCCGAGAUUAAAUUUUUCUGUAUGCAAGAUGGUCUGGGAAAUCCUUUAAAAAAAUCUAGAUCUGCAACACAUACAUAUUUUUUACCUUGAAAGCCGCUUUGUCAGCUAUUCGCUUGGUAAUUUCAUAACUCUAUUAAAACACCCUGUAUAAAUAUGUGUACAUUUAUUUUUUUAUGUUCCGAGCAGAAGUAUGCGAUACCAAAAUAUAAAUAUGUGCGUUUCAAUGG